AUGAAGACCCUGACAGAGAACAGCCUCUUCUCUGAGGACGAAGAUCCCCUGGAGCCAGAAACCUGGUGCUCCGUCUACGGCGUUUCGGGGGCCGGUGGGGGUUUCCUUCGCAAACGCACUUACUUUCAGUCUCCAAACUCUCCAAGCCUUGCUCGCUUUCACACAACUCCACAUGUACCGCUCACCCAACGGAACUCU